ACAAAGGCUGAAACAACUUAAACCACUGCACGCCACAUAUACUACUCCUCAAAAAACAAAGACAGAGGCACCACUACCGUCUACACUGGGAGAAAAGGAAGGGCUGGAUAGGUAACAAACAGCAGCCGCCGCUCUUUCCUUGCUAUCUCAAGAACGCAGAUUCCGUCUUCACCCUCUCUCUGCAAUGGAGGAUUCUUCACCACUAUGGUGAGAUGAGAGCUAUCUUUCAUAUUAGUUGGAAGUGGAUCAAAACAGAGUUGCAUUAGCAUUGGGCCGGGUUGGUUGUUUCUUGCAGUUUUUGUUCAUUCCAACAACUAUAGGAGUUUGGCAGUCACAGACAGACAGACAACCAUGGCCGACCACUCCGACGACCUCGACCAACUCCUCGACAGUGCUUUAGAUGAUUUCCAGACCCUCAACCUAAAUUCUUCCCUUCCAAGAAACGGGGGCGAACAAACUUCCAACAAAAAUGAGUCUCCUUCUCUACCCUCAGGGGUUCAAGGAUUAGGAUUAGGUUUACCUGAUUUGAGAACAAAGAAAAAGGGUAAACAAAAGGUUUCCAAAGAUGCUCAUGUAUCUGAAGCUCUCAACAAGCUCAGGGAGCAAACUAAAGAGGCAGUUAAGGGCCUUGAAUUCAUCACCCCGCCCGGUGUCGGUGCUGCUGAUGAUUUGGGUAAAGAUGGCAUGAUGGAAGAUUGGGUUAAACAGUUUGAAGAACUUGCUGGCUCUCAGGACAUGGAAUCUAUUGUGGAGACUAUGAUGCAACAACUUUUGUCCAAGGAAAUACUUGCUGAACCAAUGAAGGAAAUUGGAGAAAGGUAUCCUAAGUGGUUGGAUGAGCAUAAAGCCAGUUUAACCAAAGAAGAAUACGAACGGUAUUCAAACCAAUACAGUCUGAUACGGAAUCUUAAUGAAGUUUAUGAAAAAGAUUCUGGAAACUUCACCAAGAUUGUUGAGCUCAUGCAGAAAAUGCAAGACUGUGGACAACCUCCAAAUGAUAUUGUCCAGGAGCUUGCUCCCGAUUUCGAUUUAGCCAGCCUUGGCCAGUUAUCUCCAGAAAUGCUUGACGCAUCUCAGACAAAUUGUGCAAUAAUGUGAAGUUGUUUCCUCCCUCUUAUUACAUAGCAGCUACUGGUUUGCAGAUUUUCAGGAACUUUUUUUUUUUCACUUGUCAGAAUAAUAUAGUUUUAUGCAUUAAGUUGUUCUUUUCCUGCUUAUUGUGUAUGGUUACAGGAUCUCACUUUUUAUAGCCUCCCUUCAAGAUUGUAUAUGAUCCAAGGAUUUGUCCAUUCAUAUUUUAUGAGACCAAUGACAGUGCGCCGAGCUGCUAGGUUCAAACAAAAUGUACUUUAUGAUAAUUUUAAAAGAAUUUCUCAUUUAAUCUCCA